GACCCAUUUUCUAUUACUCGUCAAUAUCUCCGACACCAAUUUUCAGUAUGAUUCCACGUGAAGAUAGGUUUUGGUCAGAGGGCCAGAAUCACCUUGGUGAUGGUAAGAAUGCUUACUGCAACGUCUGGGAUUGGGAUCAAUUGCGCAUGAUAAAAAUAAAAGGCACACCGAAGGUAUUUCCGAUUUGUGAGGAUAAAGAGGUUGCAAUCCUGGCGCAAUUUGCUGAUCAUCUAUCUCCGGAUGUUCGCGCGGUUGACGUUGACCAUGAUGGACUCAUCUGUGGAGUUUCUACGGAUCCAGAGGAGGACGAAACACUUUUCAUUGCUUAUCCUCCAUUUUCGACCGUUGAAUCGUUAGCUGGAUGUCGUACAAUCAAGCGUUCCCAGCUUAAAGAGCUCGAUCGACUUGCACCAUUUGUUGAUCUUUCAUCAUACGAAGACGAGAACCGGAACACUCGAAUGGUUGCCUUUAAAUUCAAUGUUUUGGAAAAGCCAUUAAGAGUACAAAUGGCCUGGAACGAAGUGAACCUUCUCAGAAGUCUGCCACCGCAUCCCAACAUAUUACCCUUUGAUGGCCUCGUUCUCGAAGACGUCGAGUCCCGUGUGAUUGGUUUCACAACAAAAUACAUCCCAGGUGGAAGUCUGAGCAACCCAAAGAUACCUUUUCGAUUUGAGUGGUUACAACAACUUACUGAAGUCGUCGAUUUCCUGAACUUGAACUUGGGAAUCAUGCAUCAAGAUAUUGCACCACGAAACUUACUCAUCGAUCCCGAUACAGAAAAGCUCCUUUUGUUCGACUUUGAUAGGGCAGCAUGUGGAAAUUUUUGGUUGAUGGAUAAUCGUGACGACGUGAGCGGCGUGGUAUAUACCUUACAUCAGCUCAUAACAAACGACUCAUACUUCACUGGGAUCCCCCAUUGGGAACGACAUAUGGACAUGGUACAAAAUCUCCCAGAAUGGGUUUGCAACCGCGAACUGGACGCUGAUGUUUCCGUAUUCCGCGAGUUUUUAAAUGAGUGGGUACAAAAACGACAAUCUGACGGCAUCAUGGAACAAUAUCUCAAGGCCCCUAACCGACCUACAUGGCCGGAAAAGCCACCCGCUAUAUCUGACUAUGAUGUUCCUUUCGAAGGUGGCACAGAUCUAGAAGGAGAGCCUGUGUUUAUAACAGGACUUCGAUUGAGACGCACUGCCAUGGAACUCGGACAAUAUUGUUUUCGAUGGGAGAGACCACCGCAGAGUAGAUUGUCAAAAAAGUCUUGCGAGGAGAAUGUGAAUGGAAUUGACCAGAAAUUGCACAACGAGGGACAGGAGAAAGUUACAGUUGCAGCCACCGAACCCGAUGACUGAGAGGGCCGAAAAUCGACCGGAACGAAUCUUCAAGAACGGAAAUCUGUAAUGACAUUGCUGGAUAGGAGUUUACGAGAUAUAAGGGACUCAUGAUCUAGAAUCGUGACUAGGUCUGGCGUUAUGGGAGGAAGGGUCUAGAUGGAAGGAGUACCACAUGGCUAUAUAUGUGAGUGGCUAUCCGGGUGAUUUUCGGAGAAAUGGCAGAUUGACAGGGUGGGGUACAUCGAUUUUUCUCCUCUCCUCAGUAUUUGCUUAGCUCGAGCUUCGAAUUCCUAGAUACUCA